CUGCAGUUGAAUGUUUCUCACUUACCACAUAUCGACAUAGUCCAAGCUCGUUGAGAUAUACACCAGGUUCCUGAAAAAAACUAUUGAGCAUUGUCAUCGACUCGAGAUGGCACCGCCGCAUCGACGAGGCGGCAAGCAUACCGUCAAAGACAAAGAUCUUACCCAGACCAAAUACGAUGACUACAGCCGUGAACAGUUACUUGCAGCGGUGAAGGAAGCCGGCUGCUAUGUCAAGGAUGACAAGAAGAGUGUCAUGGCGAGAAAGAUGGCGGAUCACGAUCGAGACCUGCAUCGUGAGGAAAACAGGGUUUUGCGUGAGCGGAAAGAGAAAAAAGAGGAGCAACAGCGAGAGAUAAAGAAUACGGCAAAAUUGAAACAAAUUCGCCUCAGAGCAAAAGCACAGCGCAAUGAGGACAGAAUUAGACGACGAGAACAUGAAGAAGAUGUCAGCUCCGACUCUGAUGAUACGGAAGACCACGAGCGUACCCGGAACGAUACGCACAAGCUUACAGUGACAGGUGGUGAGGUGCUUAGCGACGAGUCAUGGGAAGACACAUCCUCAGAGACGAGUGUUCGUUCCCGGAACUCUCCCGUUGCACCUAGUUGCAGGGUGCAAUUGUUCGAAUGGCCCUACACAACCAUGCCAUCAUAUCAGCCACCAGAAGACAUCCAUUCUGAAUGCUUUCCUUCUCCAAUCGCCUACACGCCACUCAAACUUGUUACUUUGCGUACUCGAGAGAAGGUGACGCUGCCAGGCUUGAAAUACCCCGUAGGCAUCGACCCAGACUUCGCACCCAUCCUGAGCCCCCUUACUCGGACUGCUGUUCGCCAUGGGCAUAAGAUUGGCGUUCUCGCUCGUGCAACCAUCGAGCGUGCGACUUCUUGGGCUGAGCGUACAAUUACUGGUACGAAGAAUGCCCGCUCCAAGCUGCUACAACCGACACCGGGGGUCACAGACCUCAAAGCCGACCGCAAGCGGAGAUGUGCGCUACGCCUUGCCAACAAGCGAAGGAUGGUGGCCGAAGUUUAUGAGGCGAGCGCAUGGCAACCACUAGCUAUGGGCUACAUGCCAGCCUACCUAGACUGGGAGCAAGACAUGAACUACGCAGCUGUCCCGGAUGUCGAGCGAAAGCUUGAGAAUCUGUAUUACAUCUGCUUCCCUGGGAAAAGCCAUUGGAACGAUCCGACAAGCCUAGAUCCAACGUGGAAUGCAGAAUCAUCUGACCAGAAGCAUAUUGUUGUCACGGCAAUGGAUGCAUCUUCCAGCUCCCGGGUGGAAUCUUUUGAAGCGGGGGAGUUUGAGCUCACACUUCCAUCUCUGGAGAAUGAACUCGCCGUACAUGGGUUGUCUGUGACUCUUUCUAAAAAAGACGCAUGGUACGUCUUCGCACACAGGCUGCCCGCACUGUAUCCGAGCGAAAUGUGCGUUGCAGAGAAGAUAGUUGAGCUUCUCUCUGGGUGCGAGGGUUUGGUGUUCAGUGGGUAUGAGAGCUGGACACGCGACGAUUCCUUUUGGCAUGGUGAAGAAGCCAUUUCAAUUACUGGGAGCAGCACGGACUUUCGUCAUUGUUCCCCUCCAUCUGCAUGCACUGAACAUGAGAACCAAUUCACUGAUACUGCGCAAGCUCUCCACCGACGUCACAGCAGAGACAUCCCACCGCGACCUAAAGACUUCCACAUAUGGGCCUGGCUCCAAACUAUCAGUACUAACCUUGCCGCGCCUAUCGCUUCUACCCAAAGUCCACACACCUCCCCUCCCCUCUCGCCCAUAUCGUCCUCGGAGUCCAAUCAUACGCCCACCUCCUACACAUGCCCCUUCUGCAGCACCUCCUGGACAAAGACUUCCUCUGCCAUGAGAGCAUCGCACAUGCUCUCGCAUUCAUCCAUAUCUACCUUCUGCACUUCCACAGCAGCAUCGAGGAUCGAUGCCAUUGGAAUUGGCGUGAAGCGUAGACACAGUCUUCUCAGUGUGCGCACGCUCCUGAGUUAUAACAGUAAUUCUAGGAAGGAGCGGAAGAUGCUGCGGGUGGAAUCUGCCGCGCAGCUAGUCGAUGGACGAGCAAAUUCGGGCACAUCGGGGAGUCUCUCUACGCUGUGGGUGAGGAGGUGAGUAAGAGUGUCAGAAAGGAGAGAUAGCAUGAAUUGGGGAAGUUGUGGAAUCGAGGAAAGUAUUGAGUGGUAUGGCGAUGAUGAGCGGUAAAGAGGUGAGGGACAGAAGAGGCGGUAGCCGAGGAAGGCUUGCUGCAUGGCGGGGCGUUGAAUCUUGAUGUGGAAGUAGAUCACUGCUCACAUCUUUUUUGCUUGGAUUGGACAGUCCAGAGAGGAUAGAGCGA